GUUUCAGCGAGAGUUAAUCAUGAAGACUGUGAAAGGCUUCUGUGUCCUUUUCAUGCUGCAUCUGGGUUUCUUUGACUCUGGAAGGACUGGGAAAGUACUUGUAUGGCCUGCAGAUUUUAGUCAUUGGAUUAAUAUAAAAGUGAUUCUGGAAGAACUCCACCGUCGUGGGCACGAGAUAACUGUUCUGGUACCUUCACCAAGUCUCCUGCUUGAUCAUACCAAGAUUCCCUUUAAUGUGGAGAUCUUCCAACUUCCGGUAACUAAAGAAACUCUCAGGGAAGAACUCGAUACCAAUAUCUAUACAGUUUCUUUUGAACUACCAAAACUCUCCUGGUGGGACAUGCUAAUAAGAUCUAGAGAAAUGAUGAACAAUCUUUUAGCAAUACCCAAAAGACUAUGUGAUAGUGCUAUCUCAAAUAAGGAUUUACUCAGCAGACUACAGGCAGCUAAGUUUGAUAUCUGUUUGGCUGACUCUUUAAACUUUUGUGGGGAGUUGGUGGCUGAGAUCCUCGGUAUUCCAUUUAUAUACUCUUUACGCUGUUCCAUUGGGAAUACCAUUGAGAGACUGUGUGCUGGGCUUCCGAUGCCUUCUUCAUAUGUUCCAGGCAUUGCAUCAAGACUGACAGACAACAUGACUUUUAUACAGAGGCUGAAGAAUUGGUUAUUGUACACAAUGGGUGAUAUAAUCAAUUUAUAUUAUAUAUUUCCAGAAUGGGAUGCAUAUUACAGCAAAGUUUUAGGAAAACCUACCACAUUAUGUGAGACUAUGAGGAAAGCUGAAAUGUGGUUGAUUCGAACUUACUGGGAUUUUGAAUUUCCUCAACCGUACUUACCUAAUGUUGAAUUUGUUGGAGGACUGCACUGCAAGCCUGCGAAGCCCCUACCGAAGGAGUUAGAGGAGCUUGUCCAAAGCUCUGGAGAAGAUGGAGUUGUGGUGUUUAGUCUGGGGUCAAUGGUCAAAAACAUCACAGAAGAAAAGGCUAAUAUGAUUGCAUCAGCCCUUGCCCAGAUUCCACAGAAGGUUCUGUGGAGAUACACAGGAAAGAAACCAGAUACACUUGGAGCCAAUACCCAGCUAUAUGAAUGGAUUCCACAGAAUGAUCUUCUUGGCCAUCCCAAAACCAGAGCUUUUAUCACUCACAGUGGAACCAAUGGGAUCUAUGAAGCUAUUUACCAUGGGGUGCCUAUGGUGGGAAUCCCCUUGUUUGGUGAUCAGCAUGAUAAUAUUGCUCGCGUAAAAGUCAAAGGGGCAGCUGUUGAAGUAGAUUUGCACACAAUGACAAGUUCUGAUCUGCUGAAUGCUUUGAAGGAGGUUAUUAACAACCCUUUCUAUAAAGAGAAUGCUAUGAAGUUAUCAAGAAUCCACCACGAUCAGCCAGUGAAGCCCCUGGACCGAGCAGUCUUCUGGAUCGAGUUUGUCAUGCGCCACAAAGGAGCCAAGCACCUGCGCCCAGCCCUCCACAACCUCUCCUGGUACCAGCACCACUCUUUGGAUGUGAUUGGGUUCCUGCUGGCCUGUGUGGCAACUAUUAUAUUUUUGGUCACUAAAUGUUGCCUGUUUUGUUGCUCGAGGUUUGGUAAAACCACAAAGAAGAAAAAGAGAGAAUAGGAUUUGGUUUUUCUGUUGAUAUUUUUUGUUUGUUUCUUUUUUUAACAAGUUGGGUGGAAACCAUGGUGGGGCCCAUACAAAUCAAUCCAUCCACUGACUUGAACUGAUUCCUCUCCUACUCUUCAGGGUUCUUGUCCAUUUCUCAGCUUAUCAAAUCAAAGAUCAAAGACUCACCCCCGAAAUGUGCCACAAGAUUUAGAAUUAAGGUUUCAAAUUCUUUCCCAAAAACCUACUCUUUAAGAAGAGAAAAUAAAUACACACAUGGAGUUGCUACCAUAAAGACUUAGUGCUUUAUUCACAGCUUUCAGUUCAACAAAUUGUGAUGUUGUCUGAGGCCUUAGGAACAAAAUGGUUAAUUCCGUUUUCAGCAUUGAUCACACUGAACACUUUCUAAAUACGUAACGUCAUCCUGGGCCCAGUGUGUUAUAGUUCUUGCAUGUUCUCCAAAGGAACCAGGCAAGAGUAGUGCAGAGCACACUCAGCCAGAUUCCCUUCAGGUCAGGGAGAUCAGGAGGCUGUCAGGGUUUCUCCUCUGCAGUAAAGCACACUUGAUACCAUCAAUUUAUUUUCAUCUGACACGUCAGACUGUGUCCCCCUUGCACUACAAAACACGCUUUUUCGCCUUUGAUUUGUAGAUUGCUCUUCAUUUGGAAAUUAAUAAUGUUAAUUCUUCAUUUGGAUUGUAACACUUUCGUAGCUUCAGAGAAGUAGCUGAACUUCAUAAGUUAGCAUGAUUGAUGGUACAGUGGAGUAAAUGACUGGAAUUUAAUACCUACUUUAUAGAAGUAACUAAAGAGAGGUUGUAAAGUGCAGUGGUAGUGUGUGUGUUUAGCACAUACAAGGUCCUGAGUUCAA